CAACCUAAUAAGGAUUGAGUGUCUCUACUGUAGGCCUAGCACAUGAUUGGCGCGACAGUAUCUCGCGGCGGGAUGGACUACCCGUCUUUUUCUAAUUAAAGAGAGACACAUAGUCUAUCUCACCGCGAGAUACUGUCGCGCCAAUCAUCUGCUAGCGCUAGCCUGACAGAACAUAGUUUAUAUUUUAGUCCUUGCAUUGGACCCUUAGAGCAUUUAGUAACUGGAGACGUCUUGGCUGUCCUUUUCUGUACAAAACAGUCUGCCGAUAUUUGCGGGGGAGGGGCACGUCAAAUGUAUGACUAUUUUUACAUGAUUUGUACACAACAUACAAAUAGCCAUGACAGAUAACCGUCAUUCCAUACAAAACUUUGCACAAUUGUGCAAGGUUUUCGGCAGAGGGGUAAGUUCUUAAAGGCAACUCCAGUUAUUAAAUGCUCUAAGCUUGGACCUUGUCAUUGUGGUCCGACUUACUGCUUUUAUGCAUUUGAAUUUUGAGGCACAAAAAUUUGCCACCCAGACAGCCAGCUAGCCCAGCACCAGCCCCGCCGCCACUACCAACACCGCCUGUGCCCAACAGCAACCACCAGAUGACUAGAGGGCAGGACGAGUGCGGCAUGCGCGCGCCGCCCGCCGGCGCCAGCGUGCCCCCGCACCCGCGCUACAACACCGAGGCCGACCGCCUCCGCACCUUCAAAGACUGGCCCAAGAGCAUGAAGCAGAAGCCCGAGGAGCUCGCCGAGGCCGGCUUCUACUACAUCGGCCAGAGCGACAAGACCAAGUGCUUCUACUGCGACGGCAGCCUCAAGGACUGGGAGGAGGACGACGUCCCGUGGGAGGUACACGCGCGGUGGUUGGGCGGCUGGGUUUGCCUACCCACAGUACAAUUUGUGAAGAUCUUGGUAGAUCUUCACAGGCUGGUGCCUGGUAAAAUGAAUGCUAGCACACAAUGUGGAAAUCUUGCAGUAGUUUUAGGUAUUCAUACUGAUGAAUUAUCAAGUAAAAUGUAUGUAGUCAUUGUAACAUUUGUAACAUAUUCACCAAUCUUGCAAGUGUCAAAUCAUUAAACCUUUUGGACGCCAAUGACCAAUAUAUCCGCACCGCAGGUCCAACGCCAAAGACGGAUUA